GUAGUAAACGAACUUGUUAUUUUGCUGUGUGAGCAACCCUUCUUGACUUGUUAUGAUGGCCAUACAGCAAAUUUCACCUGCUAUGUAUCAUAUAUAUCCUUGUGCGUAAAUUGUCAGAUGUUUGGACCGAGUGAAGAGGGUCGAGGCAAAGUUUGGAGUGUUGGAGAGCUGUGCAGAGCCCCUUAUUCUGAUGAUGCUGAAUAUUACAAAGCUAGAAUAGAAAAACUGACACAUAAACAUGGCAGUGUGAUUGCUACCAUUAGUUUUGUUGGUUAUUCAUUGGAUGAUACAGAAGAUGUUGAUAUCAAUUCUCUACAAAAAAUUUCAAGGAAAAAAGCAACACCAGAUGUUAGCAUCAUAGAACCAGCUGGUCACAAUGAUAGCCUGUUUCAGCCCCUGGAUGGCAAGGAACAGGUUUCCUGGUUAAGUGAUAAGUAUGCAAAUAUAGAUGAGGAGGAGGAAGAGGAUCAUCAUGUACUCAAGAAAAAAGUUAAAGGAGUCGUGGUGACAGGAGGGGCUUCUAAAAACAGAUUAGACAUCCGUCAGAGGAAAAGGGGUAAAGCUGAGCUGACCUCGGAAAGGUCAGGGGAGAAGUUGGGCAGGUCUCCACAGAAACGUGACCGGCCUUGUGGAAAUGUUACGGGUGAACAUGCAUCAGAAUCUGGGUCAGUUGGAAGCUUGAAAAGUCCACAAACUGGGUCAUCAUUGGCUAGAGUCUCGGCCUCAAAGUGGAGAAGGUUGGAUACAGAGCUACAAAUUGAUGAUGAUGAGGAAGAGGAGGAAAUCAGAGAGACUACGGGGUGUGAGGGGUUUGAUGAAGAAGAACUGGAGAAGCCCAGGUUUAAGUUUACUCAAGCAGCCGCCAAGCUACCAUUCCAACUCUCAGCUGGUUCUCCAGACAAGCAUCCUAUCCAGGUACCUGCAACAAUCAACCAGUACUUGAGAGAUUACCAGCGGGAUGGCAUUAAGUUUAUGUAUAGUCACUACAGGAAGGAUAGAGGCGCCAUCCUGGGAGAUGAUAUGGGCCUCGGAAAAACUGUUCAGGUGAUUGGUUUGCUGUCUGCUCUAUUGCACAAGAAAGGGAACAAAAUAGAUGUACAGAAGCAGAAACCUAAGUUCAUCAGACAGAUGUCUGAUGCUGUGUCACUGUCGGACACUGGAGUCCCUCAGCAUGGACCGUUCUUGAUCAUUGGUCCAGGGAGUGUACUAUACAACUGGCUGGAUGAACUGGAGGUGUGGGGAUAUUUCACUGUAGGAAAAUACCAUGCAACAGAAAAGGUCCGUUGCCUAUCAGAUGUUCAGCGUGGAAAGUAUGAGGUGGUGGUGACCACUUACGAAACAUUUCGUGAUAAUAGAAAGGAACUCAACGAUAUACAGUGGGACGCUGUCUUCGUGGAUGAGGUCCAUAGGAUCAAGGGCCUGACAGCUCAAGUAACAAAAUCUUUGAGAAAAUUGAAGUGUAUGAGGAGGUUUGGGCUGACAGGGACAGCCCUCCAAAACAGUAUGAUAGAGCUCUGGAGCAUCCUAGAUUGGGCUCAGCCAGGAUGCCUUGGACUGUUGUCAGAUUUCAAGGAAGAUUAUGUGGACCCAAUAGAGAAGGGACAGAAGAAAACCGUGACAAAAAGAGAGCUGGCAUUUGCAAGAAAAAAAAAUCAGGAGUUUGGAGAGAGGCGAGGCAAGAUGUUACUGAGGAGGACAAAAGAUCUGAUAUCUGAACAACUCCCCAAUAAAGAUGACAACAUAGUGUUCUGUAAACUGACAGACUUCCAGACAUCAGUGUAUCAGGCUGUUCUCACUCACCCUGGGAUGAGGUUUGUGCUGAAUAUGGACGAGCCUUGUGAUUGUGGAAGUGAUGUCAUCAAAGGCCGCUGCCACAAUAAAACCCCAGAUGGUGUGUCUACCAGGCAGAUGCGAUUCACAUUCAUGCACAUCCUGUUGAAAAUAGCUAACCAUGUGGCUUUGUUAGUUCGUUCUGAGAAGUCAGACAAACAGUUAACUGAAUUCUCCAAAGAGGUUAUCAAGUAUAUCCAGGAAAAAUUCCCGGAGUUUUUCAGUGAAACCAGAGAGGCUGCCUUCCGUACCCUGUCUGAUCCCAAAUACUGCGGAAAGAUGAAGAUCCUGAAAGGACUGCUGUCUGUAUUUAGUAGGGACCAUAGCAAGGUGCUCCUCUUCUCUUACAGCACAAAGGUACUUGACAUCCUAGAGCAGUACAUGAUGACUACAGGCUAUGAGUAUCGUAGGCUAGAUGGCAGCACCAGUGUCAAGAAGCGGAUGGAAUUGGUCCGUGAAUUUAACAAGGAUCCCUCCAUCUUUAUCUUCCUCAUAUCAACAAAAGCUGGUGGACUUGGCCUUAAUCUGACUGGUGCUAACAGAGUGGUAAUAUUUGACCCCAACUGGAAUCCAACCCAUGACCUUCAGGCUCAAGACAGGGCAUACCGCAUUGGUCAGAGAAGAAAUGUCCAGGUGUAUCGCCUGAUCUCGGCAGGAUCAAUAGAGGAGAAUAUGUAUCUAAGGCAGGUGUACAAGCAGCAACUGGACAGUGUUGCCGUCGGAACUAUGAAUGCAAAGAGAUACUUCAAUGCUAUUUCUGGUGACAGUGACCAGAAAGGUGAACUCUUUGGUGUGAAAAACAUGUUUAAGCUCCACAGUGGAGACAGAUGUUUGACUAUGGAUAUACUUCAGAGAAAUACUAACUUAGAGAUGGGUCUAGCUGGAUAUGACUUGGCCAAAUACAUUCCUCCAGUAGAGUCUCCCAAACAGAACGAAGACGACUCUGGAGAGGACGUAUCCAUUGUAAGUGACGAUGAGUCGGACAACGAUAUGAUGGAGGGGGAGUCACCGGCAGAGGCAGAGCCAGGAACAUUGAAUGAAGAAGGCAGACAUUCGUCUACAGGUGACAUAGAAAUGGAAACCAGUUCUGUUAAUAGGGAGAGGACCAGAAAAGAGAAAAAGACUUCCAAAGUACAGGAAGUGAAGUCCAUAAAGCCAAAAUCAACAAAGAGGAUGAAAAUUAAUCCUGAUAGCAGUGGUCAGUUUGACAGUGUAGAUGGUGACCAUGGUCAGAUACCCAGUUCCAAUCUUAGCUUUUCCUCUGUUGGAGCAGUAUUUGAGAAAUGUGGAGUUCUCCAUGUUCAUCAGAACAAGAAGGUCAUUGGGGCCAGUAAAGCUGAGGAUCACAUGACCAGAUGUGCUAUUCAAGACGUAUAUGAAUUCAAUCAAAAUUCACAAGCCCCAGCCGCUUACUGCGCCCCCUACUCUGAUUCAUCAUCAGAGGGUGAAACUCCACCUCCAAAAAGUAAGGGUCGGGGAAAGAAAAAGUCCGCUGGUAGCUCUAACAUUGACAGAUCCAGAGUUGAAGUGAUCGGUAAUUCAAAAGUCCUGAUUGGUCAGACCCCCAGAGGAAUACGGCAACGACAGUUUCAGCAGAUGGCUGGACAGGAAUCGUUAGUGAACUUUGCCCAGACAGUGUUACUGGCAGAUCGCAGUACCAGGACUAAGAUGUUGGAGGAUUUUUAUGUGAAGGCUAACCCAGAUCUGUCCAGAAUCUUCAGAGAAUCUCCACAGCAGCAACAGGCGUCGCCUAGCAAUGACUCCUUGUACAGAAGUAGAUCUUCCAAACCCCCAAGGAAAAUGAAAGAUAACCCCACUUUAGGGGUCAGCUACAUGUCUGACAGUGAAUCUCUUGGAGCAAAGACCAUAACACGGACCAGCAGUCGGGACAGUGAUCCAUCAGACAGUUUAGAAAUUGGUAGGAAAGUAAAAAAGAGGAAAGGAAAUGCUUCAAUGACAACAAGAACUCGUCGACCCAGUAAAAGGACAACUGGUAAUAGUAGUCAUAGUAGUGGAGCCAAGAUUCAUGGUCUAGCCAUGUCACCUGUGUGGUCAGUCCAGGACUCGGACAAGGAAGAGGACGAGGGACUGAGGACUUGCCAGUCAGGGCCUCUCUCUACUGAACUGCUGGAGGAGAUUGGUGUAGAUACAAAAAAGGACACAGUCUCUGGAAAAACUGAUGAAUGUACUCUCGAUGUUUCUGUUUAUGAGGACAUAGACAGUAUAUUCCUUUGUGAUCGGAAAUCCUCCAAAUCAGUGAGGAAACCUGCCCCUGGUAGAGGAAGAGAGAGGGAAGGUGCUGAAGGUAAGGGGAGAGACAGGAAUGUUCCUCCAGGUGAUACGACAGAUCGUGAUACUUCAGUCGUAGUGUCAGAAUCCAAUAUUGAACUCCUCAAUGACAGCACACUGAAGGAUGACAGCUUCGACUGCUUCAGUGACCCUCUCAAAUGGAAGAAAAAGAAGAAAGCCUUGCCACAAGCGGGGGUAGACAAACUCAUUUCUGAUGGAGAUGCUGAUUUCUUAAGCCUCUUUGCAAAAGGAAAAAUGAGAAAAAAAGACAAAGUUUUACCUGUUGUGGAAAUAAAAGAUGACAGUAAAAGUUUGGCAGAACAGACACCAAGUUUGUUUUAAUAAUCAGUAUUACUGAAUGCUUGGAAACUUAUGCGACCAUUUGACAUUUUCCAUUUUGAAUCUUGUAUUACACAGAGGAUGAUUUAUUACUUAUAUCAAAUCUCAUGAAACUUUAAAUGGGUCAAAAAUGUACUAUAUAUUGUUAAAUUUCAUGGAGCUAAUAUGUCACGGAUGCCCUAGUCAGUGCUACCAAUUCAUGGGCAUUAGCUGUUGAUAGGGCAUUACAAAUACAAAACUAAAACUAGAUUGUGGGCAUUUCAAUUUUGCACAACACUGCCCUGUGAAGAUUCACCAGUAAACACUUCUAUACAUUUGCUGGUACAAAAUUAAAUCCUCCUUGAAGAUAACCAACUAUACAGUAUUGGUCAGAGGGAAAAUAUUUCCUGAGCCUGAGUUCAAAUUUCAUGAAAGUAUCCCCAGGAAUUUUGAGGAUAAUAGCAACUGCAUUAGUUUUCUAGUGUCAAGAUUCUUUAUUGUUG